AAAGUUCUAUGAAGAAAUUGAAUCAAAGAAAUGGCAGGAACGUAAAGCGAUGCUUGAAGCUUGUGAGAACCUCGUGCAAAACCCUAAGCUUGUUCCUGGUGAUUAUGCAGAUUUGGUAAAGCCUUAAAAAAGGUGUUAUCAAAAGACACAAACAUAAUGCUUGUAACCAUCUCAAUCAAAUGCAUUGGAGCUUUAGCCAAUGGAUUGCGCAAGAAAUUCCAAUCUUAUGCUCACGUAUGCAUAGAAGGAAUGCUUGAAAGGUUCAAGGAGAAGAAACCAAAUGUUGUGGCCGCUCUACAAGAAGCUAUUGAUGCGGUUUUUGCCACGACCAACCUGGCAGCCAUCUUGGAAACUAUAAUUGAGUUUCUGGCUCACAAGAACCCUGCAAUACGAGCUCAAACCGGUUUAUUCCUGUCUAGGGCGCUUCUUAAAACCAAAUCAUCUGUGCUGAACAAAGCUACUAUUAAAACAAUUGUGGCUCCUCUGUUAAAGAACAUCGAACACAGCGCUCCUGAUGUUAGAGACGGUGCAUUUCUAUCUUUUGGUGCGAUCCUUAAGGUGGCAGGAGAAAGCAAACUUCUUCCAUUUCUUGCCGACCUUGAUAAAUUGAAGAUGGAAAAGAUUACAGAAUGUGCUGGUAAAUUAGAUGGUGGAAAACCAUCCACCAGUGCUGGCGCAUCCAAACCAGCAGCACCUGUCAAAAAAGAACCAGAAGCACCUACUAGACCAAAAUCUGCUGCACCAAAAUCCGCAGCAGCAAAGCCAAAAGCUGACGGGACGAAGAAAGUCGUGAAAGGAGGAAAGAAACCUGCAUCACAAUCUGCUAAGUCGGCAGCGAGCGUGGAGCCGGCAGUGGAGCAGGAGCUUGGUGAUGCAGCUGUGGAUGAUCUUAUCGCUUCCGUGAUCACAGAUGAGGAGAGAGCUCAGAUAUUGAAUAAUAAUUGGAAGGAGAGACUCGCUGGGCUGCAAUCCAUGUUCUCGAAAAUCAAAGGAUUAGAUCGUAGCUCGCUUCCAUGCCAAGCCAUUGUAAAGUUGCUCAGCAUGAAACCAGGUCUUAAAGAUAAUAACUUUAACUGUUUGAAUGAAAAAUUUAACAUUCUUGUACAUCUGGCUCAAAAUGGAAAGUUUAGCAGAACAUCCGCUGGUGUAUGCUUGACUGCCACCAUUGAUAAGGUUGGAGAUGUAAAGUGUGGGGUUGGUGCAAAAGCUACUUUAACUGCUGUGAGUGAAGCUGUGGGAUUUGGUUGGACUUUAGAAGAGGUUUUAGCGCACGCUAUGUCACAGAAAAACCCGAAAAUUCAAAGUGAAUCAAUAUCAUGGGUUGCCAAGUCUAUUAUUGAGUUUGGAAUAACUGGUUUAAACAUAAAGAUGUUGAUAGAAAAAUCAAAAGUAGCGUUCACUGCAACAAACCCUGCCGUGAGAGCUGCUGCUCUGUCACUAGUUGGCAGUCUUGCAAUGUUCAUCGGGGGGAAAUUACAUAUGUUGUUUGAGAAUGAGAAACCAGCGCUCUUGCAACAAAUUGAUGCUGAAAUUGAAAAAGUCAAAGGUCAGAGCCCUCCAGCGCCCACUCGUGGUGUAAAGAAGAAGUCAGGAUCGGCGGAUGUUGGAGAGCAAUCUGAUGAAGAUGUUGAAGAGGCGGGAAUAACUAUGGAUGAUCUUGUCACUCGGGUGGAUAUUAGUGGCAAAAUUACAGAUGCGCUCAUUUCACAAAUGGCUGAUAAAAAUUGGAAAGAACGAAAAGAAGCGCUUGAGUCUGUCAUAGAAAUCUUAAACGAAGCGAAAUUUGUGACAUCAGAUAUCGGGGACCUUGCUACUGGGUUGAAAGCAAGACUUACAGAUUCCAACAAAAUUUUGUUGACUACUACGCUGAAUAUACUGACCCAACUUGCAACAGCAUUGGGACCACACUCUGCUAAACAUCUGCAAAUACUCAGUGCAAACAUAAUCAAUACACUAGCUGAUAGCAAGCCCCAAGUUAGACAAGCAGCGUUGAAAUGCAUGAACACGUGGCUUGAGAACACCAAGUUAUCGAUGUGGUUGGAAGGUGACAUGAUAAGUUCAGCUUUAUCUGUUGCUAAACAUACCUUCCUAAGAAUUGAGUUGUUGACCUGGCUUGCUGAAAAGUUGCUCUCCGUUGCUAAACUGCCCUCUAGUGCCAAGGAAGGGUUGGAGAUGUGCGUCCCCGUCAUCUACUCGUGUUGUGAGGAUCGGAGUGGGGAGGUGAGAGCCAAGGCUCAAGGAUUCCUCCCUGCUAUCAUGAGACAUAUAUCAUAUGAUAAAAUGAUCAAAGGAACCGGAAAACUAACGGCGACAUCGAAACCAACAAUAAUAACGUUGCUUGAGAAAGCACGAGAACAAAUUCCGGCUCCAACCAAAGUUUCAAAACCUGCUCCCUCUGUAUCGCCACCUAGUGCAUCAGAGGUGAAAAUGGAGGUAAAGUCUGAAGAACCCGCGACAAAACCUCCUGCAGCAAAGGAAAAGAAGGGAUUGGUGAAAAAAUCCAAACCUGCCCCUGUGUCAAAGAAAGCGCAACCGGAAGAAGACACGACUCCUUUAUUCAUCUCGCUUCCUAACGGGAAGGAGCAACGAAUGAAAGAUGAAAUUAAAUUAAAGACCAUUAAAUGGAACUUUACCGCUCCACGUGAAGAACUUAUCGUUCAGCUACAAACACAACUAUCUACUUGUGUCAGCCCUGCCCUUAUUACUGAGAUGUUUCAUCUGGACUUCCAACAUCAUUUAAAAGCCAUUGUGAUGCUGAACCAGGCAUUGGACAAGAACUUUGAAAACACCAUGCAAUGUCUUGACCUCCUACUACGUUGGCUCACGCUCAGAUUUUAUGACAAAAACACAACAGUUCACAUCAAAACAUUGGAAUAUAUCAAGUCGUUGUUUGAUAAACUGAUUGAGGGAAAUUAUCGAAUGCCAGAGUAUGAGGUGUCGGCAUUUUUACCACAUCUUAUUAUAAAGAUUGGUGAGAGUAAAGACAACAUACGCAAAGCAGUGCACGGCAUCAUCAAACAGUUGUCACUUAUCUACCCUGCAAGUAAACUCUUCACGCAUAUCAUGGAUGGAACUAAAUCGAAGAAUUCACGACAACGUUCAGAAUGUUUGGAUGAGAUAGCUUUGUUCAUUGAAACUCAUGGAGUGAAUGUUUGUCAACCAUCACUUCCCAAAGCAUUGAAAGAAGUUGCUACUAAUAUUGGUGACCGGGACAAGUCAGUUCGGUCAUCUGCAUUAAAUGCGAUUGUCGCCGCAUACAAUGUUUGUGGGGAUGUUGUAUUUAAACAUGUGGGCAGGUUAAACGAGAAAGACAUGAGUAUGUUGGAAGAAAGGGUGAAAAGAUCUGGAAAAUAUGGGGAAACCCCCGCUGCUCCACCACCGGAGGCCCCCGCUAGGAAAACAACAAAAGAAGGAAGGUCUGCGUCAACAAACAACGAACGACAACAACAACAACAACAACAAGCAGCACCACCCUCCCAUACGAUUCAAGAGUCGAUGCACGAUCUUCACUCCUCCGGAAACACGAUGCAGACGGAUCCCAUGAAGAUACCGUCAGUUGCCCGUCUCCUCUCACAGAUCAAACCAGUUGAUUUCAAUGUUGUGUUGGAACCUUUGCCGGAGUUUGUGAAUUUAAAAAGCAGAAUUCCUGGCCUCAGCAAUAUUGCGGGUUCUUCGCAAGCCAGCUCGACAGUGGACGCGGUUAUUUCUCAAGUAGCAAGCCCUAAUAUUGACACUGCUAUUAAUGCAAUGCACGAGUUAUACCAGUUGCUCAAACACAAGGAUAAGUUCCCGUUAUUGGCGGGAAAAAUUGACCAAGUUCUCAUGUCUGCCACCACACAACUUCGUAUGAUGAUUGACAGAUACCUCCCAAUUAUAACUUCUAAUGAACAAUUAGUUGGUGAAGAACAUUCAAACUUAACUGAACAAAGUUUUUUAUCUCUUUGUAAAAGUCACAUCUCUCUAAUUACUGAGAUAUUCGAGCAGGACACGCUUGCCUCGCAAGCAUCCACGUACAUCCUCUUCGAUCUCUUCCGUUUCAUCCUUCAGCUCCUCCUCAGUGAUCAGCUCCCAAACUUAACAUCCGCGGAUCGUCUCCUACAAGUCCUCAACAUCCUCGUGUUACGGAUGAUCGACCACAGCGAUCCAACCUCCAUAAUAUGUGCUGUGGUGCAUGUGCUUACUGACAGUAUGGAGACAGCGACCCCGAAAUAUAUUGAACUUGUGGUGAAGUGCUUAUGGAAACUUGGAAGGCUUAUUUCAAAGUUUUUACAUCCAGAGAAACAGAAAGAAGCUUUUCAACAUAAACCUUUGAAGGUGGCAGCAGUGGUUGCAGAGUUGGACAAAUAUUGGUCAACUUAUCCCAAGGAUCAUCCUAUUUAUGAAAAAAAUGAAAAUAAAACUUCGAUUCGGUCGGUUAAGACAUUGCUGGUGAUUCUGUGUAGAGAGCUGGGUGUGAAGAUAAUGGAUGAACUUUACAUGAUCCCUAAUCCCGAAUCCUCUGAGGUUGUUCAAAUCAUCCGAAAAGCAUCCGGAGCAGGAAACAUGAAGAUCCCCAACCGACCAAAUUCCUCUUCAUCUUCGGAGCAGAAGGAGAACAUCCGGGAGCAGGGACUUUCCCCUGAUGCGCAACUCUCGAUUAUCUUUAAAAAAGUCAGCGAUCGAAAACAAACCAAACAGGGUUUGCAGGAAUUGUACGAUUUCAAAGUCACCAACCCACAUUAUGAUCUCGAAUCACGAAUAAAUUCGCUCGACAUUGAUAUUUUCCAACAAUAUAUUCGACGAAACCUCAAACGAAUAGAAAGUGAAAAACAAACCAAAAGUGGAGCUUUCACAGAAUCCCAGAAAAGUAAUUACCAGCCACCUACUGUGCAGGAAUCAUGGGACAGAUUAAAUUAUCUUCGUGAACGCUGUGGUUUAAAACCACGCUGCACAUCCGAGAAGCAAAAUGGUGAAAAAACCACCACAGAUGUCAACCAUCCCGAACCAUCUGGUGAAUCAUCCACGGUCAAGGCCGAUGAAGCGGCUGUUCGAUCCAGCGGCUUUCAAUCGCAACCGAAAGAACGCAGCAUUAGUUCUUCAGCAAAUAUAUCCGAUUUAAAACGACGACUUGCACAGAUCAAACAAAGUUCAAGUCGAUAAAUUGAAUGCAUGGUGGAUUAACAGUGUUGCUUUAUAGUUUUCUCUCAAACUACACAACACUGCACAUAAUAUUAUCGGUCAGCACUGCCAGCUACCAACCUUAAGUCUCAUCUUUUUGUAUAAAAUCUACAUAUUAUUGACUUUAUUAACAAUUAUAGCUGGAACAGUGUUUUGGAAUAAUUUCCGAUUAAAACUUCUAUGUAGUUCAUUCCACGCAGCUAUCCCUUUCGUUGUAGCAUUUUCAAACCGUUGUACGCAGUCUCAGUAUUUAUUUUUUCUGAAAAAUAAAUAUUCGCAUUCGAU